CAUGUCACCGCUCCUUAUAUGGCAAUGAUUUUUUCCUCUUUGCGUUUCCAUGACAACAAGAGCACUGCACCAUUCAUUAGCUCAGGACCGAACUGCAUCCCUACGCCGCCUUUUGCAUCUCUCUCCGUGCCGUUCUGCACCAUCCCACUCCCCUCCUGUGUGCUGCCGUUGGAGGAGGGGGGAAAAAAAAACGAGGACUGGGGACAGAAAUACAAAUUUCAAAGCCCUCUGCAUCCUCACCGGGGAUAGAAGAGCUAGCUGUGAAGUCACAGGGAAGCAGAGAGAGAGGAGCUAGAGAGGGAGGGACGUGUUUGUAAGCCAAGCAUCACUGUAUGCUCUGAUAAAGCCCACGGUGCUGACUCCUGGGAGGUCAAUAUUGCUAGCUGGACUUGUGAGGGAAAAAAAGAACAACUGCUUAUUGGUGACUGAGACCCUUACUUGCUUUAGAAGAAGAGGUUAUCCAUGAGCUUGGAUUGCCAGAGACUGCUCUACCUUCUACCAACCCCCACUUAGAAAAGCAAAGUUUGUGGAGAGCCCCAGAAUUCCAGAGUCUGAACUUGGAUCCCCAACCCUCGGCUCAUCUCAGAAACUGGACACUGAUGCAUACCUGUUGGGUGAAGAGGAGUCUGUAUUGGGCCCUCCUCCAUCAGUUGAUGAGGCUGCCAACACCCUCAUGACCCGACUGGGCUUCCUCCUGGGAGAAAAAGUCACUGAGGUCCAAGCUGCCAGUGCACAGUACAGCAUGGAGGGGCAGGAAGAUAAUCAGGGCUCUGCGAUGACUCAGAGGAUCAGCCCCUGUUCCACCUUGACCAGCAGUACGGCUUCUCCUCCUGCCAACAGCCCGUGCUCUACCCUUCCUCCACCCAAUACCACUGGUGCGACCAAGGACUGCAGCCCCACGUCCACCCUGGAGAGUAGGGACAGUGGCAUUAUUGCUACCCUGACCAGCUACUCUGAGAAUGUGGACCGGUCCAAGUAUGGCGCAGACAGCAGCAAAGACCUCGGUUCUCGUGGGUGCAUUAAACAGCCUCAGAAGUCCAUGGAUUCCAGUCUGUACCGUUUGGAUGAAAAUAUAAUGGCCUCUACCUUCAGCCUAAACAAGAUCCCCGAGAGGGGACUGGACACAGGACUCUCCCAGUCUGUGCAGUCCAUCCCACUCUACCUCAUGCCCCGACCCAAUUCUGUUGCAGCCACUAGUUCCGCACACCUAGAGGAUCUUGCCUACUUGGAUGAGCAGAGACAUACCCCUCUACGAACCUCUUUGCGAAUGCCACGACAGACCCUUGCCGGACCACGUACCCCACAGGAUCUGCGAGUUCGCUUUGCUCCCUACCGGCCUCCUGACAUCUCCUUGAAGCCUUUGCUGUUUGAGGUGCCGAGUAUCACCACAGAUACCAUGUUUGUGGGCCGGGAUUGGCUCUUCCAUGAGAUUGAUGCACAGUUGCAGAGUGAAGAUGAGAGUGUGAAUCGGGGUGUAGUAAUCUGUGGCAACAUUGGUUUCGGGAAAACUGCCAUUAUUUCUCGGCUGGUGUCCCUGAGCUGUCACGGGACACGUAUGAGACAGAUAGCAUCCGACAGCCCCCAUGCCUCACCGAAACACUCCGAGGCCAACCGUGAAAUUGCACAGCCAGGGCAGACGCACACUGGCAUCUCUAGUGGCAGCUGUCCGGGAACACCUGAAAUGCGUCGACGGCAGGAGGAAUCCAUGAGAAGGAUAGCAGCACAGGUGGUGGCAUAUCACUACUGCCAGGCUGACAAUGCAUAUACCUGCCUAGUGCCUGAGUUUGUUCACAACGUCGCUGCCCUGCUCUGCCGUGCCCCCCAGCUUGUAGCUUACCGGGAGCAGCUGCUGCGUGAACCACACUUACAAAGCCUACUAAGCUUACGCUCCUGUGUGCAAGAUCCAGCUGCCUCGUUUCGUAGGGGAGUUCUAGAGCCACUGGAAAACCUAUACAAAGAGAGGAAGAUCCCCGAUGAGGAUUAUAUCAUUCUGAUAGAUGCACUGAAUGAGGCAGAGUUCCACAAGCCAGACUAUGGAGACACUAUUGUGUCUUUUCUGAGCAAGAUGAUAGGAAAGUUCCCCCAUUGGCUAAAACUCAUUGUGACUGUGAGGACAACCCUGCAGGAGAUUACCAAGAUGCUUCCCUUCCACCGUAUAUUCUUGGACCGGCUGGAAGAAAAUGAGGCGAUAGAUCAGGAUUUACAGGCCUACAUACUGCAACGCAUUCACAGCAGUUCCGAAAUCCAGAACAACAUCUCCCUCAAUGGAAAGAUGGACAACACCACAUUUGGAAAGCUCAGUUCCCACCUGAAGACUUUGAGCCAGGGCUCUUAUUUGUACCUGAAGCUUACAUUUGACCUUAUAGAGAAGGGCUACCUAGUACUCAAGAGCUCCAGUUACAAGGUGGUUCCUGUGUCUCUGUCCGAGGUCUACCUCCUACAGUGUAACAUGAGGUUCCCAACCCAGUCCUCUUUUGAAAGGGCUCUCCCUCUUCUUAAUGUUGCUGUAGCUUCCCUCCAUCCCUUGACUGAUGAGCACAUCUUCCAGGCCAUCAAUGCAGGCAGCGUGGAUGGAGGUCUGGAGUGGGAGGACUUUCAACAACGUAUGGAGAACCUUUCCAUGUUCCUCAUUAAAAGAAGGGACCUGACUCGUAUGUUUGUUCAUCCUUCCUUCAGGGAAUGGCUAAUUUGGAGAGAGGAUGGAGAGAAAACCAAGUUUCUAUGUGACCCAAGGAGUGGACAUAUCCUUCUGGCUUUCUGGUUCUCUCGUCAGGAGGGGAAGCUGAACAGGCAGCAGACGAUAGAGCUUGGGCAUCACAUACUGAAAGCGCAUAUCUUCAAGGGUCUCAGCAAGAAAGUUGGCGUUUCUUCAUCCAUUUUGCAAGCCCUGUGGAUGUCCUACAGCACAGAUGGCCUCUCCAUGGCCCUUGCAUCUCUCAGAAAUCUCUACACUCCCAACAUCAAGGUGAGCCGUCUCCUGAUCACAGGCGGAGCCAAUGUUAAUUACCGCACUGAGGUGCUGAACAAUGCCCCCAUCCUGUGUGUUCAGGCCCAUCUGGGAUACACGGAAAUGGUGGCUCUGCUGCUUGAGUUCUCUGUCAACGUAGAUGCCAGUUCCGAGAGCGGAAUGACCCCUCUAGCAUAUGCUGCUGCUUCAGGUCACCUGACUAUCGUCGUGCUUUUGUGUAAGAGGAAAGCUAAGGUGGAUCUCUUGGAUAAGAACGGGCAAUGUGCACUGGUCCAUGCUGCUCUGCGGGGCCACCUGGAGGUUGUGAAAUACCUUAUCCAGUGGGACUGGACUUUGGCUGGACAGCAAUCAGGGAUCCUAAAGAAGAGCCAAGCCAUCCAGCAAGCACUGAUUGCAGCUGCCAGCAUGGGAUACUCUGAGAUUGUCUCUUACCUCCUGGACCUACCAGAAAAGGAUGAAGAGGAGGAACAGAGAGCUCAGAUCAACAGCUUUGAUAGUCUGUGGGGAGAGACGGCUCUUACAGCUGCUGCAGGCCGUGGAAAGCUUGAGGUUUGCCGCUUACUGUUAGAACAGGGGGCAGCCGUAUCCCAACCUAACCGGAGAGGUGUUGUCCCAAUAUUCAGUGCCGUCCGACAAGGACACUGGCAGAUUGUUGACUUGCUGCUUACACAUGGUGCGGAUGUUAGCAUGGCAGACAAGCAGGGUCGUACUCCAUUAAUGACUGCAGCUUCAGAAGGACAUGUAGCCACUGUGGAUUUCCUGCUGGCACAAGGAGCUUCCAUAGGCCUCAUGGAUAAGGAGGGUCUGACAGCUUUAAGCUGGGCCUGUCUUAAGGGACACCUUCCUGUGGUUAGAUCGCUGGUGGAAAAUGGAGCAGCCACUGACCAUGCUGACAAGAACGGACGUACGCCCCUGGAUCUCGCAGCCUUCUAUGGGGAUGCUGAAGUGGUCCAGUUUCUGGUGGACCAUGGUGCAAUGAUCGAGCACGUGGAUUACAGUGGUAUGCGCCCACUGGACAGAGCUGUAGGUUGCAGGAACACGUCAGUUGUUGUGGCUCUUCUAAAGAAAGGAGCCAAGAUAGGCUGUCAGACUUUACCGAGCCGACCCAAAGGUCCAGCCACCUGGGCCAUGGCAACGUCCAAGCCAGACAUCAUGAUCAUUCUGCUGAGUAAACUGAUGGAAGAGGGAGACAUGUUCUACAAGAAAGGGAAAGUAAAAGAAGCGGCACAGAGAUACCAGUACGCCAUGAAGAAGUUUCCUCGUGAGGGAUUUGGAGAAGAUCUGAAGACUUUUCGAGAACUCAAGGUGUCACUUCUACUCAAUUUGUCCCGCUGCCGCCGGAAGAUGAAUGACUUCGGAAUGGCGGAGGAGUUUGCCACUAAGGCUCUGGAGUUAAAACCAAAAUCAUAUGAGGCAUUUUAUGCCCGAGCUCGAGCCAAGCGGAGCAGUAGACAAUUUGCAGAAGCUUUGGAAGAUCUGAAUGAGGCUAUUCAGCUUUGCCCUACCAACCGUGAGAUCCAGCGGCUCCUAAUGAGGGUGGAGGAAGAAUGCAGGCAGGUGCAGCAAGAAGAGGAGGUGCAGGAGUUACAAGAUGAACCAGAACCUGAAGUUCCAAAUGAGGACAUUGACUCCACUCAGGAAGACUUGUAUGAGGAAGAGUAUCUGGAACAAGACAUAGAUGCUGUCGCUGUUGGAUUACAGUCUGAAGGAAGGCAGUGUCAAGGCCUUCCAGGAUUGCAGAGCCCACCCCAGUCUCCUGCACAUCGGGACUCUGCCUAUAUGUCUGGAUCACACCAAGUAUUUGACUUCAGAUCGAACAGCUCGGUUGGCUCCCCUACACGACAAAGUUAUCAGUCUACUUCCCCUUCCCUAUCUCCAACACAUCAGAACUCUCACUAUCGGCCCAGUCCUCCACAAACAUCACCUGCACACCAGAGCACUUCCUAUCGGUUUAGUCCGCCUCCAGUGGGCGGUCAAGUAAUAGACUAUCCAAGCCCUCCUCCAUCACCGUUACGCAGAGCACCGCAAUACAGGGCUAGUCCGCCAAGUGACAGUAUUGGCAUGUAUAGGCAACAGUCUGGUUCUCCAGUAAGAUAUCAGCAAGAGCCAUGUGUAAGCCAGCAUCCAGGCAGACCUAAGUCUCCUUUGUCCAAGAUAUCACAGCGGUCUUUCCAAAUGUCUCAGCUUCCCACAGCAGUUCCACAACCUGCACACAGAUUACAGCCAGCCAAGGCACAAAUUGUACGCAGCAACCAGCCCAGCUCUUCUGUGCACUCCAGCGCUGUGAUUCCUGGGGGAACUUAUGGACAGGUGGCACACGGUAUGGCAAGCAAAUACCAAACAUCUGGGGAAAUAAGUCAAAGCCGUCUAGUAUACCAAGCUUCUCUUGGCGGUCUCAUAGCCGAUGGACGCCCCAUGCAGCAUGUGCAAGCCAGCUUAAGCGCAGGGGCCAUUUGUCAGCAUGGUGGCAUUGUGAAGGAAGACAUUCCCCAAAGGCCAACCUCUGCCUAUAGGGGUGGUAUGAGGUAUAAUCAAACUCCACAGAUUGGGCGCAGCCAAUCUGCGUCAUACUAUCCUGUGUGUCACGCCAAGCUGGAUCUUGAACGCUCUUCUCUACCCUCCAGCCAGCUAGGUUCUCCAGAUGUUUCCCACCUAAUAAGGCGGCCAGUGAGCAUCAAUCCCAGUGAAAUAAAACCUCACCCGCCCACUCCAAGGCCCCUGUUGCACUCGCAGAGCGUGGGACUUCGCUUUUCUCCAUCCAGCAACAGCAUUUCAUCCUCUUCCAGCCUGUCUGCUACUUUCCGACCGUCGGCUUCUAUACAACAAAUGGAGAUUCCUCUCAAACCCGCUUAUGAGAGACUGUGUGAUGAACUAUCUCCUGUGUCCCCACCCCAGGGAAGUUACCCCAAUGAAAACUCACGCUCUAGGACCACCCCCUUCAUGGGGAUAAUUGACAAGACCGCACGGACUCAGCAGUAUCCCCAGCAGUAUCCCCACCAUCAUCAGCAAAGCCGGACAUGGGCUGUUUCUUCUGUUGACACUAUCCUCAGUCCCACAUCGCCCCAGACAGAAUCUUUCAGUCCCCCCUCUUCUAUCAGCAACAUCGCCUUUUAUAACAAAACCAACAAUGCACAGAAUGGACAUCUCCUUGAAGACGACUACUAUGGCCAGCACGGUGUGCUGGCCAAUGGCUCUCGAGGGGACAUAUUGGAGAGAGUUACACAGGCCUCCUCAUAUCCAGAUGUCAAAGUGGCCAGAACACUGCCUGUUGCGCAGGCUUACCAGGACAACCUGUACAGACAGCUGUCUCGGGACUCUCGGCAGGGCCAGACUUCGCCCAUCAAACCAAAGAGACCAUUUGUGGAGUCUAAUGUGUAGGACAACAGACAUUUCCCCUAGCUUUUCCGUUCUUUUUCGGUAUAAACCUUCUCUCUCUUUACAUAUACCUCCCUCAAAGCUGGAGCCUGAGUAACUCUUGUAAAGGUAUCAGUCCCGUUCCAGAACCCCGAGUUAUUGGCCCUUCACUUUAGUUUUCUUAGCUGACCCAGAAUGGGGCAGACCUGGUGUUUUAGUGCAGUAGGGUGUUGUUUAAAAAAAA